AUGGAAACACGUCAUUAUUGGGAAGAGAAUGGACAUGCCGUCAAAUAUGACAACUUUCCGCCCGCGUGGAGUUCAGUUAUAUCGCGUUUCCAAGAGAACCUUUCAAAAGUCUGGGAUAAAAAAUAUCCUAUGUUCUUUCUCAAGGUCAACUCUAUCUACUCCAAUGAGGAGUUCGCCCGUGAGCCGCUGAGCUUCGCGCCCCCGUCUGAAGAUGAGGCGGAGUACCCGCCAGGAUACAAGAAGGGGAAGGUCUCGAGGGCAAGUCACACUGAAUAUGCCCGUCAAGAUCCAAUGUCGCAUCGCAUCAUUGAGAAGCGGCGGCGGGAUCGAAUGAACAACUGCCUCGCUGAUCUAUCACGACUCAUACCUCCAGAAUACUUGAAGAAGGGGAGGGGGCGCGUGGAGAAGACGGAGAUCAUAGAAAUGGCCAUACGACACCUAAAAUACUUACAGGAUAGAGUACACGCUCUGGAGCGAGGCUCGGAGUUCCUUGCGGGCUUCCAGCGGGCGGGGGCGGAGGCCGUGCGGUUCGUGGAGCUCCAGGGCUCCCGCGACGGACUGGCGGACCAGCUCGCCGCUCACCUUCACUCACACGCUGAUGUUAUAUCCAAAGAAGCCCUCCACGAGAAGCGUCUGUACCCUAACUCCUCAUCAGAGACGACCAGUUCGUCCAGCAGCUCGCAAGGGUUCGCGGUGAAGGUGAUCCAGAGACCGGAGCCCCCGCCGACCUUCACAGAAAACUACGAGACUACACAAGAGCACUACACGGACUGUGAGAGAGUGUCGGUUCAUCAACCAGCUGUACAGGACACGUCGGAGGGCGAGCCUCUGCCGCUGGACGGACGAGUGAAGAAGGAACUCACUCUGAGGAAGAUUAGGAAACCGGAACACGAAGAUUACUUACACUCGUACAAGUUCAAGAACUCUAUAGAGAGGAGGUUCUCACGGUCACAAGACUCUGAGGGUGACGCGUGGAGCGCCAGCCCCACAGCGAAGGCCUACACUCAUAAACGUCGGAGGCCCACCAAGGCCGCGCCGCCCUCCACAUCAACAUCCGCUUCCGGCUCCACCGAGGAGGCUCGGGACACCAGUCCACAGGACACAUGUAGCGAGUCUCCGCACCACCAUUCGUUCGACAAGCCGCCGCCGCCCGCGCAGUACGUGCCUGUGUUCGCAUUGAACGCGCUCGGUAAGUACUACGUGCCGCUGAGCGUGGAGUACGGCUGCGUGUCUCGUCAGCUUGGCGCUGGAGUGACGUCACUAGAGGCGGCCGAGGCUCGCGCGUUACAUCCCGUCACUAUACACGUGAACUUCCAACCCUGCAUCGACUACCUCAAGAGGGAGCCUGACCCACACUGGCGACCUCUAUAA